CCCGGAGAGCUCGGUGACGGCGGCUGCGCGCGCCCGCUGCCCAGCCCGGUCCCCGCCCCCCAGGCCCGCCGGGCUCCCGGGGCACCGCAGCCAUGUGCUCGUUAGCGUCAGGCGCCACCGGCGGCCGGGGCGCUGUGGAGGAUGAGGAGGACCUGCCAGAACUGUCGGACAGCGGUGACGAGGCCGCCUGGGAGGAUGAGGACGAUACUGAUCUCCCCCACGACAAGCAGCAGACCCCCUGCCUGUUCUGUGACAGGUUAUUCACAUCUGCUGAGGAAACGUUUUCACACUGUAAAUCUGAACAUCAAUUUAAUAUUGAUAGCAUGGUUCAUAAACAUGGACUUGAGUUUUAUGGAUACAUUAAGCUAAUAAAUUUUAUUAGACUUAAGAAUCCUACAGUUGAGUAUAUGAAUUCCAUUUACAACCCAGUGCCUUGGGAGAAAGAAGAGUAUUUGAAACCAGUAUUAGAAGAUGACCUUUUACUUCAAUUUGAUGUAGAAGAUCUUUAUGAACCGAUGUCAGUACCAUUCUCAUACCCCAAUGGACUCAGUGAAAAUACAUCUGUUGUUGAAAAAUUGAAACAUAUGGAAGCCAGGGCAUUGUCUGCUGAAGCUGCAUUAGCUAGAGCACGUGAGGAUCUGCAAAGAAUGAGACAAUUUGCUCAAGAUUUUGUGAUGAACACAGAUGUCAGAACCUACUCGUCAUCUAGUGCCAUUGCAGACCUCCAGGAGGAUGAGGAUGGUGUUUAUUUCAGCUCCUACGGGCAUUAUGGGAUACACGAAGAAAUGCUAAAGGACAAAGUACGAACAGAAAGCUACCGAGAUUUUAUAUACCAAAACCCGCAUAUCUUUAAAGAUAAGGUAGUUUUGGAUGUUGGAUGUGGAACUGGAAUUCUCUCUAUGUUUGCUGCUAAAGCUGGAGCAAAGAAGGUUCUUGGAGUUGAUCAAUCCGAAAUACUUUACCAGGCAAUGGAUAUCAUAAGACUAAAUAAACUUGAAGAUACUAUUAUACUAAUUAAAGGAAAGAUUGAAGAAGUUCAUCUUCCUGUAGAAAAAGUGGAUGUUAUUAUAUCUGAGUGGAUGGGCUAUUUUCUUCUUUUUGAAUCUAUGUUAGAUUCUGUCCUUUAUGCAAAGAACAAAUACUUGGCAAAAGGAGGAUCGGUCUAUCCUGAUAUUUGCACUAUGAGCCUUGUAGCAGUGAGUGAUAUGAAUAAAUACGCUGAUAGAAUUACCUUUUGGGAUGAUGUCUAUGGCUUCAACAUGUCCUGCAUGAAGAAAGCAGUUAUUCCAGAAGCUGUUGUAGAAGUUUUGGAUCCAAAGACUCUUAUUUCAGAACCUUGUGGUAUUAAGCAUAUAGAUUGCCAUGCAACAUCUAUCUCAGCUUUGGAGUUUUCUUCAGAUUUUACUCUGAAAAUCACAAAGACAUCCAUGUGCACGGCAAUUGCUGGCUACUUUGAUAUAUAUUUUGAGAAGAACUGCCACAAUAGGGUCGUCUUCUCUACGGGCCCCCAGAGUACCAAAACGCACUGGAAACAAACAGUAUUUCUAUUGGAAAAGCCAUUUUCAGUUAAAGCAGGUGAAGCCUUGAAAGGAAAGAUCACAGUUCAUAAGAGUAAGAAAGAUCCACGUUCUCUCACUGUGAUCCUCACAUUGAAUAAUUCAACUCAAACCUACGUUCUCCAGUGAAAAAGCCAUAAAAGCACAACUAACUUGCAGUUUUUAAUGUGGGAGUAGAGUGGGCCAGCAGGAGGGAGCAGGCUUUAUGUGAGCAAAUGGAUGAUUGGAUCCUUUCCUAGUGAAUCCUCAGUAAGAGAGAAGCAUGUGGAAAUCUGAAGUAGUUCACCUGCGGAAGGGAACCAGCUGAUCCUACUGGUCUACCUGCGUAAUCAUAUUCCUAGAAGUCUGCCCAGACAGAUUUAACCAAAUGUAACCCCUACAUUGAGUUUAGCUAUAUUGAAAAUAAUUUAAAUUGGUCUAUAUUUGAAACAGAUCAUCUUUUGUUUUUAAUAUGUUUCUUACUAUAAAUUUUAAACAGUAAUUGAUUAGGUAUUUGGUUAAUGUUUUAUUAAACUAGUAACAAAAGGUAGUAUACAUUUUAUUGCAGAGUCCUCUCUGAGGAGUAGUGUUUAAUGUAUUAUUUGCUAGAAGAUCAGGAUAUAAUAAAGAGCAAGUGUAAGGAACUAAAAUACAGAAGAAAGCAUCAGCCUUCUCAUACAAAUCAUGUGUGAGGACAGCUUUGUUGAUCGUCCUAUCUAGCAUACCUAUUGUUCUCGUUUUGUAGUUUCUUUCCUCCUUGUGAACAUUCUUUAGCCAUAUAGAUUUCUAGUAUUGCCCAGGAAAUCUAAUUUCAAUACCUUUAUCCUGUGUUUUGUAAGUUUUUAAAGAUUGGGAUAAAUAUGUACUUAUUUACUAUUACCUUUUUCAAACUAGAUUUAUGUGCACAGGUUAAACAUGUAACGGUUAAUAUACUUAUCACUCUGUAAAGUUGUGUCAUUUAUAAUUAUUGAUUCAAUUUAAAAUACAAAAUGAAAAACCAAUAAAAUGUAUC